AUGAAAGGAUUACAAUUGCUGAGUAAACCAAGAAUCUUCCCCUUCAAUACUUCAAACGAGGCAGCAAGUGUACACUCCAGAAACGUUACAACUGAAAAAAACUCUUCUAAGUAUGCUUUAAUCACACUACCUGAUGACAUUUUCAAAUCAGUAAUAGAUCAUCUAGACACCGAAUCUUUACUAUCAUUGUGCUUGACGAAUCAUGCAUUUUAUGACAAGAUUUCUAAAGAGUUCCUCUAUAAAGAUGUCAAAUUGAGGUCGAAAAUAUCAUUAUUGAAGUUUAACUCCCUAAUUCAUUCAAAAAAAGCUAAGCUCCGGUUAUUAGUGAGUUCUAUUCAAUUUAAAAACCCUCAGUCUCAGGAUUCUUUAUUAAAAUAUGCCAAAUUUUAUCAAGGUAACAAGACUGAUGAUACUACAAUUGCAGGAUCGUACAAUUAUACACUUUCAGAGGGUGAAGAUAAGUCACCGAGAAAGUUCAAAACCUCAGAUAGGCUAAAAGAGAUAGAAAAUUGUUAUUUCCAAUAUACUUACAUCGAGUUAAUGCUCGAUAUCAUUGAUAAUCUGCCCAAUUUAACUCAUAUCACUUUAAAUGACCUGGAACCGAAUUUCAAAAUACCAUUAUGGUAUUCAGUAAUGAAUGAUAACUCUAAAAACUUCAUAAAAAAAAUUAUUAACAAUGAACAAUCAAUGAACAAUGACGAUCUAAGGAAUUUUGAAAUUUCCACGAAAUUUGUCAAAAAUUAUAAAUCAAGGAUAGAUUGUUUACCAAGAUUUCAAAAGUUGGAAUUAAAAUCCAAAAAAAGUGUUCACUUGAGAUCAAAUUUACUCUGCUGCUUUGGUCUUAUAGACGAACUCAUAUUAGAUGGCGUCAUCAUCGAUUCUCUUUCGCUAGAUACCCCUAUGGAAUUCAUACCUUUAGUCCUCGAGAGACAAGAUUCGAAAUUCUAUAGCGUUCAUACAACUUUCACUUCACUUAUUUUAAAAAAUUGUCAAAUUAUUUCUGGAAAUGGGAUACUGAGAUUAUUCAACCAAUUUUUUAAGAGACUUAAACGACUCUCUUUAUUACAAGUCAGAAGCAAAUACGACAUAUUAAUAUCCAAUUGUUUCCCCUCUUUGAGAGAACUAACGAUUGACUGUAAUAGCAAAUGUUUCACGCAUCCCGUUCUCAUUGACGAAACUUAUUAUUACGAUAUUGCUCAAGAAAAUGACAUUGAUUUGAAUGAAGACGUAACUUCAAUAUCCGAAACUUUGCUAGAUAGACCUGUACCAGAAAAACAGCUACAGAUACCUGCACCAACGUCUUCAGUUAUCUUAUCGUCAAAUGGGAAUUACAUCUCAAGUACAUUUUCUGAUGCAGUACGCACAAAAAAAAGCAAAGACGCCAUACCACUCACUAAACCACAGUGGCAAUAUUUUAAGGAAAUUAGAGUACCGUCUUUCCACGUCUUUUAUCACAAUUUCAAGCAUGUGUGGGAUAAGUUACCUAAACGAAAUAUCAAUAUUAAUAUUGUUAAUAUUCCCUUUACUAAUGUCUUUCCCUUGUCUCCGGCUGUCUAUUGGGAACGAUUCUUGUUUACGAAUGACCAGGAAACAUUGGUAGGCUGUUCUCAGACACUUGCUGCGGAACAAUACCCAUGGACCAACGAUAUAUUGAAUUGUCUUCAAGAUGGGAUUGAGGAAUUAAAUAAACACAAGACUCAAAUAGGUGACUCAAACCUAUACAUUAUGGACAACUUGAAUUUUGAGAUUGAUAGAUUUAAUAACUUUCAUAAUUAUAAGAACUUCAAAGAUAUUCCAUACAUUAAUCUGUUCUUCUUUUUCAGUCUACUUUCCAAGUUUAGUUCAAUUAAAAUCAAGAUGUUAAGAAGAUGGAUAAAUUCCACAAAAAGAACACGGUACGACUGGGAACUACUACUGAGAGCAUUGCUGUUGAAUGUGAAUGUUCCGGUGGAAGUAAGAGAUCAAGAUGGCUUCAUUUUAUAUUCUUAUGGUGAUAUGAGACAGCGCACUAUUUAA